GAGAAAGUAUGCUUUAAAGAAAGACGUUUUAUCCUGAAAUUGCAUGAGUCGUACUUUGGACCUCUAUAUAGCCACACUAUUAAUAUUUUUAUAUACUAAAUUUUAUUAAACACCUUAAUCUAUUAAUUUAAACUUAAAUUAAAAUGUACAUCAAGUAUGAAAAUAUCGAGGAUAAAAUCGCCAAGCGGUUGGAUGAUUUAUUUGGUGUUAAAGAUUGUUUAAUCGAAGUCAACCCAGGGAAUGUUAUACUUCCGCCUAAAUACAGGGAUUUGGGCGAAAGGAUUUUAAACAUGGAGGUCCGACCAGAUGACAUUUGGCUUGUGUCCUAUCCGAGGACCGGAAGUACAUGGGCUCAAGAAAUGGUUUGGUGUAUUUGUAACAAUUUAGAUUUUGAGAGAGCGAAGAGUAUGCUUGGUCAGUCGAGAAAUCCUUUAUUAGAAUUAACUGCACUUAUGGGAAAUGAUACGAGCAAACUAAAUGAACAAUUGGGAAACUCGGUAGAACAAGUUGAAAAUAUGCCGUCGCCAAGGUUUAUUAAGACUCAUUUGCCUUCUCAAUUGUUGCCACAAAAAUUGAGCAUUGUAAAACCAAAAAUAAUUUAUGUUGCUCGUAAUCCCAAGGAUAUGUGUGUUUCUUAUUACCAUUACUGCAAACUUAUUCAUGGUUUACACGGUUCUUUUGAUGAAUUUUGUGAACUUUUCAUUAAAGGAAAGACUCCUAUUGGACCCAUUUGGAACCAUAUUUUAAGAUUCUGGGAAAAAAGAGAUGAAACAAAUUUACUUUUUUUGAAAUAUGAAGAUAUGAAAAAAAAUCUAAAGGGUGCUAUAAGGCAAGUGGCAUCAUUCCUUGCCAAAGAGUUAACCGAAGAACAAGUAUUAGCGUUAGAAGAUCACUUGAGCUUUAACAACAUGAGGAAGAAUCCAGCUUUGAAUUUAAAACCUAUUCUUGCUAUAAUGGAAAAAUCAGAGGGAUCUGAAGAUAAUCCAGAUGAACAGUUUAUUAGAAAAGGAAAGGUUGGAGAUUGGAAAAAUUACAUGUCUGAAGAAUUAUCAGUUAAAUUUGACAAAUUUACUGAAGAUAAUUUAAGAGGCACUGGCCUUACAUUUGAAACAAGUUAAGGUUUAAGCUAAACAACAUAAAUAAUAAGACUUAUAAAUAGCAUUUUAUUACGAAUUUUUUAGUCAUAAUGAAACCUAACUAAUCUUAUUUAAUUAAUUUUAUAAUAAAAAAGUAUUCUUAUACAAAUAAAUUAUAUUUUUUAUUUAA